UGCGAGAACCGCACCAAUACCCCAACGACUUGACAUAUAGAGAUGGAUCCUAUCAGUGUUGUAUCCAAUGUCGUCUGGCUUAUUACGACCGCUAUAUUGUUUCGCAACUAUGUCAAAGGAAGAGAAGGACUCCUUGACAGGCAGAAAUGGAAGAACAGUGUUCGCCUUGGUCCCAGCGGAAAGCGAUUCCACGGUGCCUGCGAUAUAGCACUUGCAGGAGAGUCGCGUUGGCAAUACCUUUGGGACGAUGAAGUGGAACUCGUACCCCAAGGCGAGACAACACAUCAUCUGCCUCCGCAGGACGAUCAGGGUAUACGACUAGUGGUGAUAGAAGUAGGAUCUGAUGGUUCUGAGGACACAUUUCCAGUUGCUACGGGGUUCAUGCAACUUUCUAGGGAAUGGCAACAAGCUUCCCUGGACGUGUCGUAUCAUGUCACAACGUAUGAGACUGCAUGGCCCGUUAAAGCCACAAGAUUCAUUAGAGUUUGGGAAGGAAACCAGAAGAGAUGCGCUCUCAUCAAAUGCGAUACGUAUGCACGGAAACAACCCAGCGAUGGUUUCCCAGACUUCUAUUCCGCAAAACAAAUCAGCAUAGAACUCAAGUUACUAGAUGCAUCUUACAUCGCCGUUCGAUCCAAGGACAACUGGAAGCAAUUAUUUCUGCUGCAGUUCCACCACGCAUGCUUGAAGCUCUUUAUCGAAUUCCUUAAUGCCUUGGAAACGGAUGAAAUCGACAAUGCAGAUGAUGCAGCCACGGAUCCCAGCUUAGCAGAGCUUCGACAAUGGAACUUGAAAACAAUCACCAAGCGGUCGUACGAGUAUCGAGACCUUGCAGAGAUGGGCCGCAAAUUGAUAUCCACCACGGAAUGUCUAAUUGAUGUAGCAAGAUCAAUAUCUCCAGUCGUCGAUUCGCCAGUUCAUGCGAAUAGGUUCAUGGCCAUUGACAUGGAAUUGCGAGGUUUCUGUCGGGAGGCAAACGAGCAACUUCAGAAAUUCUCAGACCGACUUGAUCACGAUCUCAAAUACCUUGAACUCGCGCGGAACAUCAACCAGACAAGGGGCGUUCAGCAACUGACGCUUCUAGCUACCAUUUUUCUACCUUUAUCACUCGCCGCUGGUGUUCUGAGCAUGCAAACGAGAUUCAAAGAUCUAGGAACACUGUUGUACGACUUCUUCGGCGUGGUGGUGCUCCUCGCGGCUAUCGUUCUCAUCAUCAUGAUCAUGAUGAGUCUUGUGUCUGUCGUGAAUGAACUGGAUACAACACCGACUAUGGAUUUUCUCGAGGGUCUUUCCGGCUCCUUCCUCCAUCUUAUUCUUUGUCGCGACCAUAGACCCCAACGUCCUCUCAACAUUGAGGACCGACCUGACGUCCACCUCCCUCCCACCUAUCUCGAAAACGCAAUCGGUGCGCUCAACUCCAGGGGCGACUUCACCCACGAGGCGUGGCAGAAAUGUCAGACAAAGCUGGAGGAGCUGAGAGACGAACAAGCUGAGCCGGGUGUAUUCCCCGUGCUUGAUGCGGUCGAAAACGCCUUCCGAGAGGUGGUAGUCGACUUGAAGGACGUUUCUGAGUUGAAGAAUGACGCCGAGCAAGACAUCAGCGUUCUCCUUCGCCCGGAGCUCGACGUACGAGUGAUCGAGACCUUUCGCACCGAGCUUGUCAAGGCGGACGAGAUCCUCCUUGGAGGAGCAACCAAUGAGAACGGCGAAGUGAUCGAGAGAUUCAUGGGGAUCGACAAGCUCUACACAGAGGUGCUCCCGCAGCUAGAAACUUUCCUUGCGGUUCAGAAUAAUGCCGGAAUAAUGAUUAUGAUGAUUUUGGAGAUCAUCAAAUUGCAGCAGGUUGUGGAGGAGAGUGGGGAGGGCCAAUGGCUCCAGCCACUCAAAGACACUCUCGGAGAGGCUCUAUACGAGCAAAUCGUACAAGCCGGGGCGGUUUGAUUGACAAGAAGAGCCUACGAAUUCCUAAUGGGACAAGGAACCUCAUUCAAAAGGAAACAUCCCGACCAAGUCAAGCUCGUAGACAAUACAUACAGAGCCACAAAAAGUCUCCCGAUUCAAAUGUAAUGACAAGACUUUGUAAUGACUUAAUCAGUGACCUUAUUAC